CUUCCAUGACUGUAGAGCAGAGAACAGUUUUGAGGGUCAGAUUCCCCCAUCACAUAUAGACAAUGUAUUCAGUCACUGUGUGUAUUUCCUAUAGAUGGAUCCAGUCAGAGAAAUCCACCAGAGAGAUGUCCCAGUCCUCUGUAUUCCAAGGACUGUCCAGAGGAGAAACCAAAUGUCCCACUGGAUCGUCAGGAAAGUUCAGAUGGAACGACGAGUGGACUUGAAAAACCUGCAUCAGUGUCUGUGAAUGGUGAAGACAGGAUGACAGUAUACCAUAAGCAUCUCCAUUUACCUUCCUGUCAUGAAGUAGAAGAUAACAAUAUCACACAAGAUAAUUCUAUGACUCCUAAUGUACCCUCAGUCCUUCACAGUGAAAAUCUCUCCUCCGAUACCGCUGGUCACAAGAAACCUUCAUCUAGACAAUCACUAAUUGGCAAAACAAGAACUAAACAGAAACGUGGGAAACAUUUUAAAAGGAAAUCUAAUCUUUCCUUACAUGAGAAAAAUCAAAGAGAUAAAAGGUCAUUUUCAUGCUCAGAAUGUGGAAAAUCUUUUACCAGUAAAUUCAUUCUGGAUGGACAUCAGAGAAUUCACACAGGGGAGAGACCAUUUUUAUGUUCAGAAUGUGGGAAAUGUUUUAGUCGAAAAUCUAAUCUUUUGUACCAUCUAAGAAUCCACUUACGGGAAAUGUCAUUUUUGUGUUUAGAAUGUGGGAAAUGCUUUAGUCAGAAUUCAGAUCUUCAUAGACAUCAGCGAGCUCACACAGGGGAGAAGCCACAUUUAUGUCCUGAAUGUGGGAAAUGUUUUAGUCAGAAAUCAGAUCUUGUUACACAUCAGAGAACUCACACAGGCGAGAAACCAUUUUCAUGUCCUGAAUGUGGGAAGUGUUUUAGUCAGAGUUCAGAUCUUCAUAGACAUCAGCGAGCUCACAAAGGGGAGAAGCCACAUUUAUGUCCUGAAUGUGGGAAAUGUUUUAUUCAGAAAUCAGAUCUUGUUACACAUCAGAGAACUCACACAGGGGAGAAACCAUUUUCAUGUAUUGAUUGUGGAAAGUAUUUUAGUCAGAAAUCACAUCUUGUUACACAUAAGAGAACUCACACAGGGGAGAAACCAUUUUCAUGUCUUGAUUGUGGAAAGUAUUUUAGUCAGAAAUCACAUCUUGUUAAACAUCAGAGAACUCACACAGGGGAGUAACCAUUUAUGUGCCCAGAAUGUAGUAAAUAUUUUACUGUGAAAUCAGCUCUUGUAGAACAUCUGAGAACUCACACAGGGGAGAAACCAUAUUCAUGUCCUGAAUGUGGAAAGUGUUUUUGUCACAAAUCAAGUUUUGCUACACAUGAGAGAACUCACACUGAAGAGAAGCCACUAUUGGUCAGAAGUACAAGACAUAAUGCAACUCAUACAUUCUUACAACAGAUGGCAAGAUCUCAGUCUGUGAAGCAAUUAUAGAUGCAAGCUAUGUCUUGUCAGGUCUUGAUUUAAGGCUGACAGUGAUGUGAAGAGAAAUUCAGCACUGCACAGAGAUCUAGGUAAAAUCUCUUUAUUCCAUGCAAGAAAACAUCUGACAGAUCAGAAUAGAAGUAGUUAACAUGUUUCAGACCCAAUGGUCCUUACUCAUAGCAUAAUUGGCUACCUGCUCCAAGGACAGUGGCAGUUGAAGAGUUUGACUGGGGCAGCACACCUGUCAAACCAUAACACAGGUGUUUUAAGGUGAUCUCAUAGAGGACUAUGCUAUAAGUAAAGACUGUUGGGUCUGAAAUGUGUAAACGACUUCUGUAUAGGUAUGUUGAUGUUUUAUCACAUGAAAAAAAAAGAGAUUUCAUAAGGCUCCCGUGCAGCGCUGGAUUUAACGUGUUUGGUCCAUUCCUCCAAAGCCUUUUAUGCACUUUGGGACUAUCCAUGAGAAGGAUGGUGAGCUAGACUGUCUUCUUUAUUUAGAGAUGACAAUCUAUGCUUUAAACAAGACCAUGGUCCAAGGCCUUUAGAAACAGGUCCCAGUGAAAGCUGCAUAUACCUUCAGCUCUCACUCAAUAGAUGUUUUCUAAAGUCUAUACGUUCCGAUGUGGGGCAGGUGGUAAUCCUGGUCUUACUUAACCACUUCCAGAGUGGGCCAUUUACCCCCUUCCUGACCUAGCCUAAUUUAGCAAAUCUGACAUGUGUCACUUUAUGUGGUAAUAACUUUGGAACGGUUUUACUUAUCCAAGCCAUUCAG